AGGCUGAGGCGGGCGCAACCGCACUGGAGGGGGGAAGUCAAGUCGUGCUGGACUGGCGCGAUACCCUCGCACGGUGCACAACUCAAAGAGGACCCGACGCGCGACUAAUCAUGCUUUUAAAUGAUGGAACAUGCUGAUUUUAAAAGUUGACCAGGGAUUUCUAGUUGUGGGGUGUUUGCGAGGCAUGGCUUUCAUUUUAACUUGCUUAUUGCUGUCAUGUUAUAGUGUGAGCAGUGUUUGGGGAAAUCAACCCGGAGACACCAGUAUCUAUUUGGAUAACAUCACGCGCAUAUUGGAUAGAUUAUUGGAUGGCUAUGACAACCGGCUGCGACCUGGAUUUGGAGGUCCAGUUACGGAGGUUAAAACUGACAUCUUUGUCACCAGCUUUGGACCGGUUUCAGAUGUCGAGAUGGAAUACACCAUGGACGUGUUCUUUCGUCAGACAUGGAUUGACGAAAGGCUAAAAUUUGAGGGUCCCAUCGAGAUCCUGCGGCUCAACAACCUGAUGGUCAGCAAGAUCUGGACGCCGGACACCUUUUUCCGGAAUGGCAAGAGGUCGAUCUCGCACAACAUGACCACCCCGAACAAGCUGUUCCGCAUCAUGCAGAACGGAACUAUCCUCUACACCAUGAGAUUAACUAUAAAUGCCGAGUGCCCCAUGCGUCUGAUGAACUUCCCGAUGGACGGCCAUGCCUGCCCGCUCAAGUUUGGGAGUUACGCUUACCCCAUCAGUGAGAUCGUUUACACGUGGAAGAAAGGUCCCCUUUCCUCUGUCGAGGUGCCACAGGAAUCAUCCAGUUUGCUGCAGUACGACCUCAUUGGUCAGACGGUGUCAAGCGAGAGGCUGAAGUCCAAUACGGGUGAAUAUGUGAUCAUGACAGUCCACUUCCACCUCCAAAGGAAAAUGGGCUUCUUCCUGAUCCAGACUUACAUUCCCUGUAUCAUGACUGUCAUCCUGGCCCAAGUCUCCUUCUGGAUUAAUAAGGAAUCGGUUCCAGCUCGGACUGUGUUUGGUAUCACCACCGUCUUGACCAUGACGACGCUCAGUAUCAGCGCCCGCCACUCCCUCCCCAAGGUUUCCUACGCCACGGCCAUGGAUUGGUUCAUUGCCGUUUGCUUUGCCUUCGUCUUCUCCGCCCUGAUUGAGUUCGCGGCCGUCAACUACUUCUCCACCCUGCAGGCCAACAGGGAGCUGCGGAAGGCGGCGGCGAUGAAGGCGGCGGCUCAGGAGGCAGCGGCUGCAGCUCCGGCAGCAGCCACGGGGAACGAUGGAGAGGCCGACGCCACAAGCGUGCUGAAGAAGAGGAUGAACUCCGCUCCACUGUUUGACCGGCCUGCCAAAACGUUUCCCAACCCACCUGUCAACGCCCAAGCCUUCCUGCAGCAGGGUUCAGCUGUACCCGCCAACAACGUCCUGACUGGCACCAGCAUCAUCGACAAAUACUCCCGCAUCCUCUUCCCCCUUUCCUUCGGCGCCUUCAACCUGGUCUACUGGAUCGUCUAUCUCACCAAGGACACCAUGGAGAUGUCCAGGGAUACCAUCUAAACCAAGAGUUUGUCAUCCUGGAAAUCACACACACACACACACACACACACACACACACACACACACACACACACACACACACACACAAUAAAUAGAUGACAGACAAUUGCCAAGCACUCUUUCAUGCCGCCUCAGUGCAUUGUAUUUAUUUUUACAUACUCUCUUCGAAAGUGAGUGUUUCGAGAGCAGAUGCACCAGCUCCUAUUGCCAGCUUUACCCGGGAGCUCACAGCCUGUGGGAACCAGGCUCUGGAACUAUUUCAAACAGGUAGUGCGUCUCUCUUUGUCCCUCUCAAUUCUUCCACAGUAUUUUAAAAAAAUAUAUAAAGUUAGAUGCUAUGACACUUUUUCAGUGUCCGCCCUCUGUCCCCUGCCUGAAUGCAUGGGGGGUGGUAUGUCAAAGUUAAGCUAGCUAGGCUGCAGAACCAGAGGCAGAACCACUGAUUUGUUUUGUGUAUUUAUUUCUGUGUGCAGGCAACAAGCACACAAGAGCAAAUUUGCACGUGUCCAAAAUGACACAUUCCCUUCUCUGACAUUUAGAGCGCAUUUGAGGAAAUUAGUGCACCGGUUGCUCCGAAAGAGUCCAGUGUGACUGACUGGAAGCAAUCUUGUUCAUCUUUUUUUUUUUUUUUUUGGGGGGGGGGGAGGGGGGCGUUAUUGGCUUAAUUUCCCUCUGCUGAUGGAGGACAGUGAAUGUGAAGGUAAAUCUUCAACGUUUUAUGUUUAGUGUGUAUCACAGAUUCAUCAUUUUGGUUGACAUACAGAAAUGUGCACAUUAAUAUAUCAGAGAAUACAAUAAAAUAAAAUAAAAUAUAGACAUACUGACACUUAAUGCACACAUGCAUUUUAUAUUUUCACUAUAAGAUGAUAUGUCUUAGAUUUCUAUCGACAGAAGUAAACUUUGACACAUCAGUACAUUUGAAGACUAGCAUGCAACCAAUGCUGAAAGCUGUGAUCCAUCUUCACAAAUCACAGAAAUAUACAGUACCUGCCUUCAAGAACAAGCAAGCAAAGAAAGAAAGAAAGAAAGAAUACAGUUAUCCCGCUUGAGGUUGUCCUGGUAAUAACCUGUCUUAGAAGAGAUUUAGGCCUUUUUUUAAUGAUAAAACAAAUAUGUUUUAGUUGUUCUUGUUUUUGAUUGUUUGUAUGUAUUGCAGUAAACUCAAUUGAAGUUAAAAUAAUUCAUGCCCAAUUAAAUUCUUGAGAUGACAGCUCCGGGUUAAUAAGAAAGAUAAUAAUAAAACAGCAAAAAAUAGAAAGCUAAAGCUAUCAUCAUCAAUUACACAAAAUGCCAAAACCUAUUCAUUGAUAAUCCACUUGGGUGGAUUUGCAUACGAUUAUGCACUGUUUCCAAUUAAGGAGAAAGGGUAACAUCUUAAUGCCAUGUGGCGUCUAAAUAUAAGCGGUGGUGUGUUUGCUUCCUCAUGACAUCCAUCAUCCAUGACGAUGCUCUCAUUAAAGGCGUCUCUCAUUAACACAGGCACCUUUUGGAAUGAAAGGCCUGCACUGGUGCUGCCAAAGGAUUACAGUAGUCGUGGAAUCUGUGCACUUAUUCUGGUUCUUAAGUUGAUGUUUUAAAAGAAAAUUAUCCCACAAACUGUUGAAAAAAACUUCACAACUGCUGUUAGGUGCCCCUGUGUUCUUAUUCAGUUUUGCAAAUUUUGAGAUUCCCAACGAUCGAUGGUGUUCGAACAAGAAGUGACAUAGUUAUGUAGUUCUUUAAUACAGUAUUGUGAUCCCAUUUGGGACAUAACUCUUCAUUUGUUGUAAUGUAAUUAGGGUUUACUUUUUUUGAGCACUUUAAUUUCUGAACAGAGCAGCAUGGCUCUCAGCAUCAGUUCAACACUAUUGAUAUAUCACUUACAGCUUAUAAAAAAUGUCCAUGAUUUUUCUUUAAGAAUAAAAAUAUGCAAUGAAAUAAAAGAAAAUAAAAAUGCAAUACAGACUCUG